UGAGAACUGGCUUUGCAAUAAUAGUGGAAAAUGCAUUCCUGACUUUAAACAAAAUGAUCAUCUCUGCAAUUGUACACCGGAUUUUACUGGGAAGCAUUGUGAUACAUUUGCAGAUUACGCCUUUGAAUUUUCGCGUAAAGGAACUAGUGACUAUAUCAUCAUCACAAGUAGUAUGCCAAGCCUUACAGCAGUGGCUGUUUGUCUCUGGAUGAAAACCGCUGAUACCGACAAUGAAGGAACACAACUGAGCUAUGCUGUUCCUGGAACACACAACGAAUUGACUUUGUGGAACUAUAAGAAAUUGGGAUUAUCUGUGGGAGGAAGAAGAAGUUCUUCUUCCGUCUCUGCCAACGAUGGAAAGUGGCACCACAUCUGUGUUACUUGGGAGAAUAACUCUGGAUCCUGGAAACUGUUCAAAGAUGGCUCCGUUGCGGCUUCUGGGACAAGUCUCAAAACUGGUCAUGUAAUUCGUGGUGGAGGAGCCCUAGUACUAGGACAAGAGCAAGACUCAGUGGGGGGAUCCUUUCAAUCCUUUCAAAGUUUCAUUGGUGAAAUGACAGGUGUCAAUAUCUGGAAUCACGUGAUUCUUGACCACGAAAUCGCACGCAUGUCGCAGUCGUGCCUGACAGGGGUGGGGAACGUGUUUCAAUGGCACGACUUCAAGGCUCACGUGAAAGGUUCAGUGAAGAUAAUUAAGCCGUCGUGUUAAAGCGAAGAAACAUUUGUAAGAGAUAUGUAAGCAAUGCGGAAGAUGUGAGUUUAGAAUAAACUUUGAAAACUGUGUUUU